GUGUGUUUUGUUCUUCAGUCUGUUUGUGACACUUGUCUGUGUCUGUGGACUGUGGUUGUUGUUGAGGUGAAAUUUCGUGAGUCGAUCGUUAUUUCGAUACGGGACAGUAAUCGCCAAAGACUACUUCAUUUAUCUGUUUAAAUAAGUGAUACUUUCAUUCAUAAAACUCCAGAAAACGGCGACGAAGUACAACAUGACAACCUAUUUAAAUAAGUAUUUAUAGGACACUGAUUUGUGCAGUGUACGAUCCGUGGGUUGAAUUCGAAAGUAGGGUUAAGAGUGCCAAAAAUUUGAUUUAUAAACAAAGGCUAGCAGGUUAUUUGCAAGGAGUUUACCAUUGGAUAAACACAUUUACAAGGUCAACAUAAAAGAUGUUCUACUCUCCUUCAUUCGCAUAACACCCAGACAGGGCGUUGAGGUCUACAUUUUUUGAUAUAACAUGAAGAAAAUAGCUAUGAAAAAGGAGAAAGCGGAGAAGUAAUUCGCAUUUCUCCGCGCCGAGAUUGCAGAGGCCGAGCCCGCUCCAGAUGUUCGUUUGUUCAGUACACCAGCACCGCUCAAAACAAUCGCAGUAGCCUGGCUGACACCACCAAAACAAAUCGUUAUCGGGAACAAGCGCGAGCGUAGUGAAAGUACGCGUUGGUCUCAGUGUUGAUACAAUGACUUGAGAUGUUAAAAGUGAACUGUUUAAUAAUGGAAACGUGCAAAUUCGUUGUUAUUUUGUUGCUCUAUUGUGUGACAACUGCCUACUGUUAUCCGUCGAAGCCUUUGAAUGAGAGAUCUCCAGACUUGACUUGGCAAGCAUGGCUGUUGCUGGAUGACCAGAACCAGAAUAAACAGCAAACCAACGCCGAUGGGAUGCUACGCAGGAGGAUAACUCCAAAAUCGGUGUUCAUCGCUCCUACCUUUAGUCCUGAUUCACUACCUCCGUGUGCGGACGGGUACACUUCAGACGUGAUGGGCAGAUGCGUUCCAAUCAUAAAGAUAGAUGAGGACGCUCAUUAUGGAUUUUUAAUUCAACGACUGAAGGAUAAAUUUGGACCUUUGGACUACGAGGAUUACCAGUUGGAGGACGAAAUGUCCACGCAAGGACCUUUACAGUUGAAUAUCCCUUUACAAAGUGAAGAGGAUGAUGAUGAAGAAACUGAUGUUGCUAUAGUUAUAUCACCUACGAAAAUGCUGAGCGCUAACGUAGACAAAAGAGGUAGUAGCGUGGACGAUGAAAAAAAACAAGAAUUUUUUUUAAAAAAGCUGGCGGCCACCACAACGAAGCAGCCUGAUGAAACGACAACUAUUUUAGUACCUAUGACGGACUUGAGCAGUGAAAAAACUAACACAGUGACCGAGGAAUUGAUUCCUGUCACAGAACCACUGACGACUACUGAGGAAGACAUCGCAAUUUCCACCCUGUCGCAUAAUACCAAACGAAGCACUGACAAUUUGGAAAAAGACAUCAUAACUACUACAGAGGAGUUGCCAGACACAACAACCUUUGAACCGACAACUGUACGGAAUAAGGAAAUUUCUACGUUUGCUCCAAAAGUGCAAUUAACAAACUCUGAAUCACAUACCCCAAUAGUAUUCAAGUUUCCGGAAGAGGUUGUUACGCAGAACUUUAAAAACACUUUUGUGAAAUUUCCCGACACCGACAUUUCGUUCCAAACGCAAAUUCCAUCGUCAGUAGAGUCGAUUCACAACACUCGCGAUGUCAGCAACGACGCGCCAUUUCCUCAUUUGGCGGACACUCCGGAAAGUGAUCGGAAAGUGGUUUUUCGCGAGCAGUCGCAACCGGAGGAGACUAAUUUAGAUUACAGUAACGGUGCAAGGCAUUUUCCUCCUUCGACCACUAAUCGCAAUUUCAACAGAAGAAAUCGCGACAAGUCCAACAGCAUGUUCCUCUUGCCUCCCAGGUGGAGCCAGUCGAAUUUCCAGAAGCCUCUGGUUUUGAGGUUUUCUAGAAAACACGCUUAUCUGGACGAGGCUCAGUUCAGGCAUCCGGACUACUACAGAGCAGUCCCGAUGGAUGAUUAUGCUUUCUUGUUUAGCAAACACAAACAGUCCAGUCAUAGGUAAUGCAAGUUUUUAUGUGAUUUUUUUAUUGUAAUAUAAAUAGUUGUUGUUGUAUAUAUAGGAUUGACAAUGUCGUGUGUUUUAAUAUCCCUAGUGAAAAUAACAUGUAUGUAACAAAGUCAGUACAAGUAACUUUCUGUUUAAGUAUUUUAUGUGCAAAGGAUUUAUUUUUAUAGUAAGCUUUAUUUAUUUUUCUUAGUCGUAAACGCGAAUAUUGUAUAUUUUUUCAAAUGCUUCGUUUUUGUAAGCUUUAUAAAUGUACCCAUUUCGAUCUUUGUGGGGGUAUCACCUUUUGUUAACGUGAAAUUUUUAUAAAUGACUUAUUUUCAAAUUGCUUUAUUGGAGGUGAUGCGUAGUUGCCUUAAUAAAAAAAUAAUAAUAAAAUUCGUAGGUAUCGAAAUGGGUAGAUAAAUAAUAUCAUGUUCACCAUGUAAAUUUAACAGUUUAUGUCUCAUCACAGUGAAUAGUAUUAUUCUCAUUUAUUAUUUAAUUAUCUAAAAGUGCCAACAAAAAAAAUUACUCCUUUUCAAUAGUUUUCACUUAUUUUCAUUUAUUUUACUCCUUGGUAAAAUUCUCAAAUACAUGUUUUAAUAUCUUUUAAAAAUAUAUACGGGGUGUUCUCUAUAAAACUCUUAAUCUAGUAAUUUUGGAAGCCAAAUUAAAGUAACGAAUUUGAAUAUUUAUUUUUUAAAUGCUUAGGGUUACCUACUUCACAAUUUAAUUUGAUGGUUUUUCAAAUGAAGCACUUUCUCUCAUUUAAAAAUUUCUUAUUGAUACAUAGAUACCAAAUGAUACUUUAUUUUUUAUAAAAUGGCAUGAGGAGUUUUAUUCGGAACACCCUGUGUAUGUAUGUAUGAUUUCAUGUAUAAAAUGUAUGAUUUAACAGAUGAUAAAUAUGUUGCAUUAGAGAUCAACACUAGAUCAACACGUUAAAAGAUAUGUGCUCUCAUAGAACAAAAUAUAGCAAAAAUUCCUUAAAAUUGGAAACUGUUCAUCAAUUUUUAUGCCAGUGAAUGCCUACUAAAUUUGAUCUUUUAUAUAAUAUAAACUGUAAAAUCUCCAGAAUAUUCUUCAUGGGAAUAUUUUGAAAUAUUCAUGAAAGAACACUGAAAGAAUACAAGAGUAAUGUUUUAAGUUGGCACUAUGCAACCUGAUUCACUUAAAGAUACCCAACGAAAAUGAUACAAAAAAUUUGGGCAACGCUCUUGAUUAAUGCCUUAUUUCUAUUGAAACUGUCAUAGAUGUCUUGAUAAUUGUUUAACUUUGUGUAACUAUAAAUAAUAGAAAUAGGUCAUCAUACUGCAAGGACAGAAUAUUUUUCCAUGGCUCACUACGUGAAAUUGUCUUUUUUAUCAAACUCUAUUAAAAAAUUCCAAAAGUAACAUGAUAUAUCUUAAUAUAGAGAGUAUCAUCCAUGUUUUAUGUUAAUUUAUGAAACUUUCAAGUCCUUGUUUUUAUUAUUAUAGAGAUAUAUUAAAGAGGCAUUCGAUAAUGCUUCCACCUCUUGACGUUUCUGGGGCUGCCGUAGGGGUAUAUUUAAGAGAAUCAUCCUGUAUGUCAUGUUUCCUGUAAAAAUAUACCUCUUAUUAAAUCUAUCCUGUCCCAUUGGACGGGAAGCAAUAUUUUUGAAGUUAUAAGGCAUAUUUUAGUCGCAAGUUAAAAAAAUGGCGGUUGCAGAUAUUUAGCAGCGCUAAAAUCGUUUCUUUUCUUUAAACAACCGAAAAAACUGAAAAAUUGAAAUUUAUAUUAAAGGAAAUAAGUCUACUAUUGACUGAGGUAGCUUUUCUAGUUCUAGUCGGAAAAUACGUAUCGUAAAAGUGUUGCAUUUAAACAAUAAAUAUCAUGGAAAUUUAAUUCUCUUAUGUUGUUUAUUUUUUUUACUAAGGUAACGCAUUUUCUUUUUUUUGUGGUUUUUUAAACACAAAAAAUUUAUUUAAAAGGUGUCAACUAGUGGGGUAUAGUUUUUUUGGAAAUAUUCUGUAUAUUAUUCUCCAUUUCAUCAUAACUAUAGUAGACGCUGUUUUUGAUAGUCUUUUUUUAUUGUUAUUUUUGUUUUCUACAGCAAGUUGAUAAAUUGUUGAAGCAGAGAAGUUUUUGGAUGGAAAUUUUGGGUUAUUUGAACAGCAGGUCUGUUAAAUGAAAGGCUUUCAAAAACACUAAUUGAUGUAUUUAAAACCAGAUAAUCUAUAUUGUGUAUACUGCAGUAUUAUUAACUUAUAACUAAUGUAGUUUUCCAUGUACUCGAUGAAAAUGUCAAAAAAUUGAUAACAAACAAUUUGUCAUUUAAAUAAGAUGCAUUUGUGUAAACAGUUUUAAUAUUUUUAUGUGAUUACAAUGUACGAUUAUUAGAGGUAAAUAACCCGAGUAACAAUUAGGCAUAAAGUCUUAUCUUGUUGUACAAACUGUAAAGUCAAAUCUAGGAUAAUGUGUACCGCAUAUAAUUAUUGUAUUGAAAAAUGAUGUUCGUAAGAAUAUAUGGUAUUUAUUGUAUUUAUUACAUGACUUAUUUUUGUUAUUGAUCAUAUUUUGUGCCAGUAUACCUAAAAAUUAAUCGAAAAUUAUAUCCA